UUUCGAUGCAACUCGCUCCGCGCGUAUGCAUGGAAACAAUGGACGAUGUUUGAAGCCACUUUUGCCAUAUGCGGUCUGGAACCUUGGGAGAAACUUGUUUUCGUGAUCGUUAUGUCUCUACUCACUUUCCUAUUCUUCACCGGGCUGUCUCGGGUAAUACCCAGUCAGUUGGUCUCACUACUACCUCGCAUUGCAUACUAUCUCUGGGGC